AUGCUACCCAGAUUUGGUUUGGCGAGGACCGCUAGGUCCGUGCAACGUUUUAAAGUGACACAGAUCUCCAAAACGUUCUUCCAUUCCACCGAAGUUGGUAAACCGGCGCCACCGCACAAGCUGUCGAAGUCUUACGCCUCGGUUUUCAAGAAGUGGUUUGUCAGGGGCUUGAAGCUGACUUUCUACUCCACGCUGGCGGGCACGCUGUACGUUUCGUACCAUCUUUACAGGGAAUCGAACCCACCCAAGCAGAUUCCUCAGUCCACUGCGUUUGCCAAUGGGCUGAAAAAAAAGGAGCUGGUCAUCCUGGGCACGGGCUGGGGCGCCAUCUCUCUUUUGAAGAAGCUCGACACGUCGCUGUACAAUGUCACCGUGGUGUCGCCAAGAAGUUUCUUUCUGUUCACCCCGCUGCUCCCCUCCACGCCCGUGGGUACCAUAGAGAUGAAGUCUAUUGUGGAGCCCGUGAGGUCUAUUGCCAGAAGAACGCCCGGCGAGGUCCACUACAUCGAGGCUGAGGCACUGGACAUCGACCCCAAGGCGAGAACGGUGCUAGUGCAGUCUGUGUCCGAAAGCGAAUUCUUCGUUUCCAACGUGAAGUACGACUAUCUGGUCGUCAGUGUGGGCGCGAAGACGACCACUUUUAACAUCCCUGGUGUCUACGGCAACGCGUUGUUCUUGAAGGAGAUUGAAGAUGCUCAGAAUAUUCGGAUGAAGCUUAUGAAGACCAUAGAGCAGGCGAGCUCUUUUCCAAGAAACGACCCAGAAAGAAAGCGCCUACUAACGUUUGUGGUGGUUGGCGGCGGCCCCACGGGUGUGGAGUUUGCCGCAGAACUGCAAGACUACGUCGACCAAGAUUUGAGUAAGUGGAUGCCCGACUUGAGUAAAGAAAUGAGCGUCAUCUUGAUUGAGGCCCUGCCCAACAUCCUAAACAUGUUCGAUAAGACGUUGAUCAAGUACGCUGAAGAUCUCUUCGCGAGAGACAGAAUCGAUCUGCAAGUGAAUACCGCUGUGAAAUCCGUAGAACCAACUUACAUCCAUACCUUGCAAAGCGGCCAGAAGGCCAGCGAUAUCCCCUACGGAAUGCUCGUUUGGGCAACCGGGAAUGAACCGAUCGAGCUUUCAAAGGUGCUGAUGGGCAAAGUACCGGAGCAAACCAACAAGCGCGGUCUUUUGAUUAACGACAAACUGGAGCUACUGGGCGCAGAGGACUCGGUCUAUGCCAUCGGCGAUUGCACAGCGCACACCGGGUUCUUUCCCACUGCACAAGUCGCACACCAAGAAGGUGAAUACCUGGCCAGAACCUUGGACAAAAAACUUGAAAUAGAACAACUGGAAUGGGACAUGCUGAACAGCACUGAUGAGACCAAAGUGUCCCGUCUGCAAGGCGAAAUCAACUUGAAAAAAUCUAAGCUGGAUAAAUUUAACUACAAGCACAUGGGUGCGCUAGCGUACAUCGGCUCCGAGACCGCGAUUGCUGACCUACACAUGGGUGACUCGUCAUACCAGUUGAAAGGUAUGUUUGCCUUCUUGUUUUGGAAAUCUGCGUACUUGGCAAUGUGUCUCUCCAUCAGAAACAGGAUUCUGAUCGCCAUGGACUGGACUAAAGUGUACUUCCUUGGAAGAGACUCCUCCGUAUAG